AUGGACGAAGAAGCUGAUCUCGCUUUGCUGGAUCAACAUCUGCUCAAGACGAAUCUACUCUCUCAGCGAAUGACCAAUAUACUUGGUCAGUUGGAUAACAGAUUAUCGAGAUUAGACAAAACAAUAGCCCCCCUGGGAUUACAACCUCUCACAAGGAAAGAUGCCAACAUCGAAGCGAUCUUGUUACAUCUUGAAGGUGGUAAUAAACCUUCCAAUUCUAAUUCCAAUGGUAAAACCUCAUCAAAUGGACCAAUUCGACCCGCACGAUCAAUACCUAUCCCAUCCCCAUCAUCGAUAACGACAUCUAAUAUCGUCACGCCUACUUCAGCCAAUAUACCCGGUCCUAUACCCAUAUCGACCAAGACGUCUUCAGCAGCCACGUCGCCCGUCGCAGGUUACGCAUUGGGUAAUCCAAUAAUAACCAAUCUCAAAUCCAGUGCUAAACAAUUGUCUCCUAUACAAUCAGCUGCUCCUUCCACUUCUGCCUCUCCUGCAGAUGAGACUGCCCUUCUCACUCGGGGUCCAGAUAUCAUGGCUUUGGGAGAAUACUUUACUGCUCUGGAUGGCGUGAUACUGGAUCUAGAGAGGAUGUAUAAGGGUUUGAUGGAAGGCAGAGGAGGAGCGAGGGAAGCUGGUGUAAAGGACUUGAGUAAUCUAGUCGAGAUUGGAUUCUCGGGGAUGACACAGCUGUUCAUCAAAAUAUCGAAAGAUGGGAUGGGCAAAGUCGUAGACGCCGAAACGUUGUUGAGCAAUGGUCCACCAACACCACCGAAUUACUUCUCACCGCUAUCAACCCUACAUCCCUUGAUCAACAAAAUCACGUCUACUCUUUACCCUCCUUCGAACGCAUCUACACCCAAAACCUUAUCGAUUAUCCAACCGAUAUGGGACCAGACGAUAAAUACAUUCGCCGAGAUGAGAGGUGAAUGGAUGUGUAGGUGUUUGAAUGGGCUGAUAAACAAGGUCGAAGAAGCGGAUGAAGGUGGGAUAUGGGCUGAUGGAAGGGGUAAGGAGAAGGUCAAAGGGUUGGUAGGAUUAUGGGAGGGCUUGUUGAGUCUUGUUGAGGCUGAAACCCUUCUUAUCACCACACUCUUCCCUACUCAUCCUCCUUCGACACUCCUUCUCCGCACACUCUCAUCACCCAUCGAAAUCUUGCUCAAAAUCCUUCAACCCACCAUCAAUUCAAUCAAGAAAUCAUUAUCGUCCCAGACGUUCAUCGCCCUACACUUGUACACGUCAUUAUCGUCAAUCCAACAAACAUGGGAAAACAUAUUAACGAAAUGUCUAAAUAUGACGCAAACCUCUUUAUCUACUAUGGAUGUUAAAGAGGUGUUAACAGUAUUGAAUCAACCGGUAUCGACAUUAAGAUCAUUGUGUUUAAGAUCUUUCCCCGAAUUCUUAGUGGAUAUACGAACGACCCGUAUCGAUUCUGCUCUGACUUCGUCAAUAGCUGAUAUAACGUAUUCGACGUUGAGUUAUUUAGAACAAUUACAAUUACCGGAGUUCGAAAAGACAGUUGAAGGUUUGUUGGGCAAGUCGCAUUCUGAAAGAAGUUGGUUAAUGGGUCAGAAGGAUGCGCCGUCGCCUGCUAGAAAUGCUGGUGAGGAAGGUGGUACGGUCAACUUGUUUGUUGCCGAUGUCCUUGGUACCCUCCUCAUACACCUCGAUGCGAGAUCAAGGACGAUGCGUAAACCGAUAGGUCAAGCUUUCUUACUGAAUAAUCUGUCGCAUAUACGGAAUACCACGUCCUCCUUCCAUUCUGAUAUUAUAGGACCAGGGGCAGAAGAUAUGUUGAAUAAGGCAUUUAGAGAUGCUAAGAGCCAAUACUUAUCAGAAUUCCAUUCGCUUGUAAAUCUCCUAACGACUACCCACUCCACACCGCGAUUCGGUGUACCAGUUCCUCAAGGAGAGAGACAUCAUUUGAAAGAAUCUGCUAGUCAAUUCUUUGAUAGAUUAUCUGAACUUGAAUCGGUCAUUCUGCAAUAUCCCUUAAACAGGCAGGAUCCAGAUAUGAGGGAUAGGAUCGCUAGGGAGGUGGAAAAUAUCGUUAGAGGCGGGUAUGAGGUGUUUUGGGGGAGAUGUGCUGGUAAAGGUAUCGAAAAGUAUCUACGAGGAUCACCGGAUGAUAUCACUCGAAGAGUUCAGGCUAUGUUUAGGUAG